AUGGCCAACAAAGCACAGCCUCCUCACCUGCACCUGGCCGAGGUCACUGCGUCCCAAUUUCUUGACAUCUGGAAACAUUUUGACGCCGAUGGCAAUGGCUAUAUUGAAGGGAAGGAGUUGGAGAAUUUCUUUCGGGAGCUGGAAUCUGCCCGGAGGGGAGCUGGAGUGGAUCCUUCAAACCCAACCUUUCGAGAAAAGAUGAAGGAGUUCAUGCAAAAGUUUGACAAGAAUAAAGAUGGAAGAAUUGAGAUGUCAGAGCUGGCCCAGAUUCUCCCUACUGAAGAGAACUUCUUGCUCUGCUUCAGACAAUUUGUCAGUUCCAGUGCUGAGUUCAUGGCGGCAUGGCGUCGAUAUGAUACAGACCGCAGUGGCUACAUUGAAGCAAAUGAAUUAAAGGGCUUUCUGUCGGACCUCUUGAAGAAGGCUAACAGACACUACGAUGAGCAGAAGCUUAUGGAAUACACACAAACCAUACUCAGGAUGUUUGAUCUCAAUGGAGAUGGAAAACUAGGCCUUUCAGAGAUGGCAAGACUCCUACCUGUUCAGGAGAAUUUCUUGCUUAAAUUCCAGGGUGUCAAGCUGACCAGUGAGCAGUUCAAUGCAAUCUUUGCAUACUACGACAAGGAUGGUAACGGCUACAUUGACGAGCAGGAGUUAGACGCCCUGCUACGCGACCUUUGCCAAACCAACAAGACGGAGGCAGACUUGCAGAACCUGACCGGCUACAAGCGGAGCAUCAUGAGUCUUUCUGAUGGAGGGAAGCUCUACCGCGGAGAGCUUGAAAUCGUCCUCUGCAAGGAGCCACUUCAAUGA